AUGAUGCCUGGGGGUUCUGAUCUUAGUUGGAGGAGGGCUGGGAAGGAGGGCUUUCCCUUGGAGAGCCUCCUGAGGCCCCCUUACCCAGCAGGGCCCAGCCUUCUGCUUAUGGAUCCCCGAGGGGAACGGCUGAGCAUCCCUGGUGUCUGGCUCCCACUAUACUUUGGGGUCUUGGGGCUGUGCUCUGUGGUUACCGGCGGCUGCAUGGUCUUUCUCCACUGGAGGAAGAAGGUUCGCAGGGAACAGCAGGCCCAGGAGUGGGUGGAGGUGAUGCAGGCCGCCACCUUCACCUACAGCCCCGUCCUCUACUGGAUCAACAAACGUCGGCAAUACGGCAUGAACACCGGGGUCAAAGUGGACCUCCCAGCGGCCAAACCCAAGCCAGAGGCCCCCAAGCCCCUGACUAGCCACCAGGAGGGAAGGAGCGAAGCCUCGGCAGCCAGAUUCUUCACGUCCCCGGCCUCUGCCCCACCCCUGGCCUGUUGCCCGACCCCAGCGCCACACAACCCUAUCUUCCAGGAGGUGGCCUCUGCCCCUUCGCUGGGCAACAUGCCGCCCAUGGUGAACCACUCGGCCUCUUUCCCUUUCACCGCCUGUCCUAAGAGGAGUGUCCAGUUUCACUCACUGCCAGCUCUGGCCCAUCGGGACUCUCGCUUGAACCCUAAGGGCUUGGCCUAUGAGCUGUAGCUUGCCUUGGUCUGAUGGAAGUAUGGGGAGGGCUGUGGGGCAGGGGACCAGGAUGCCCCAGUGGCCCGGGGCUUGCUCUGGAUUCACACCCAUGCAAUCAUCUUUUUUCUGAAAGUUCAUGGCUUCUGUCUUCUCAAUCGCCUUAAUUGCCCAUCCCCAUCCAAUUCACCUCCAGCAAA